CGUCGUUACGAUAGAGACGAAGAAGAAGAAGAAGAAGAAGAAGAAGAAGUGAAGAACAUAUCUGCAAACUCCUUCGUCAAAGUAGAUCUGAAUCCUUAGUUCAAUAUUUAUCUUCCCGGCGAAGUAACCAAUACUCCGUAAAUGGCGUCGAGGAGAAAUGUAAGGUAUGCUGAGCUUCCAGGAGAUGAAGAUGAUGAAGAUUAUGGAAAUGGUGUUGGUAGAAGGAGAGACUUCGAUCCUCGUUUCGAUUAUACACCGAAAGCUUUUGAUAGAGUGCCGUGGAAAUCUAUAGCAUUAGCUGUGUUCCUUCUGUUCCUUGGUUGUUUGCUUCUUCUUUUGUCGUUUUUCAUCUUCACUGGUCACAUGGAAGGAGAUAGUUCUCAAGGUUAUGCUCUUCUUGUUCUUGGGAUCCUUACUUUCCUCCCUGGUUUCUACGAGACCAGGAUUGCGUACUAUUCAUGGAGAGGAGCUGAAGGGUAUCGCUUCGCAGCCAUUCCCUCUUACUGAACUCAAGUAACUGGAGAAGUAAAGAAUAUUGUGCAUAGAAAAGUUUUAGGGAAUUGUAAUCCAUAAAGUACUAGACUUUGACUCUUCACUCUUCAGCUGUUUCAUGAAUCUACUCAGUAGAAUCUCCUCUAGUUGAGUUCUGACAGAUCAAAAAAGUUUGCAUUAUAGAGAGAUGCAUAGAUUGUUAUGUUUUGUUGAGUCUCAUUUGUUAUCAAAAGAUGUGUCGUUUAAGACAAUGAAGAAGAGAGAAAGAAGUUGAGUUCAUAACGAUGAUA